CACCUUCACUUCGCACCUGAGGAAGGCGCCUGGACGGGGUGUGGAGGACAGGAGGACAACUUCCCUCCCUCCCCCCUCCCCUGGCUGGGAGCUGCAGCUUUGACCCACUUGUAUCUGGAGCCGCUCUCCCGGGAUAUAUUGUAUUUCCAGCGCCUGGAGCCCGAAUGUUUGAGUCUAUCCAAAUGUGGGUCAUCCUGAGGAGAGAGGGUCUGAUCAGCCUCUAGAAGCUGCUCCCGUCUGCAGGCUUCCCAUUGCCUCGGGCUGGUGGUGUUCCGGCGUCGGACGGCCAUGAACGGCGAUGAGAAGGUCCUUCCCACCUCCCAGCAGACAUCUCCUCUGACCAGAAGCAGCAGCAAUGCCUCUUCCAAGCCCACCAGCGUGCGCCAGAGCUCCGAGAACUGGGAGGUGAUGGAGGAGCAUGUGGGAGAGGACCAUGAAAAUCUGGAUCUGGAGAGGCAAGAAGGGUACCUGCUGAAGAAGAGGAAAUGGCCUUUGAAAGGCUGGCAUAAGCGAUACUUUAUCCUGGAAAAGGGAAUUCUGAAGUAUGCCAAGACUCAGCAGGACAUUCUUCGAGGAAAACUUCAUGGUUCCAUCAACAUUGGUCUCUCCGUAAUGUCCAUCAACAAGAAAUCUAAGCGCAUCGAUUUAGAUGCAGAAGAGAAUCUUUAUCACCUGAAGGUGAAAUCUCAAGACGUCUUCACCACCUGGGUGUCCAAGCUGUGCUAUCACCGCUUGUUCCAGAAGGGUGACCACGUGAAGAUCCCUUGCGGAGCAAAUGGAUACAGCUUCUCCUUCCCCUCUCCCACGGCGGGCUACCUGUCGGCACCUCUCGGCAGCAAGAAGGGCGGCUCGCUCGGGGACGAGGUGUUUAAAGGAAAUGGCCAUUAUCCUUCGGCGUCCGCAAGUGGGCAAACGGUGACGGCAGAGUGGCUGCAGCAGUCUGAGGAGUGGGACCAGUGCAGUGAAGAUCUCAGUCGGUGCCAGUUGAACCUGUCAGAACUGAACAAACUGCUGCAGAAGCUGGAGUUGGUGGACAGGGUUCAGUCCGCACCCGUCAUCUGUGAUGCCCAGGGUUUCCUUGCUGACAAAUCAAAGAAGGAAAAGCGCACCUCCAAAAUAUGGUGCGCGCAAAGUUUUGCCAAGGACGAGACGAAGGCCUCCGCUGAUGCCUUGCGUCCUGCCAAGUUGCACGUCUCCGCGCCCAGCCUCCCCGACUGCCUGGACCUGAAGAGCUCUGCCCCUCUCUCCGUGAAAGAGGAGUAUCUGCAGUUGCAGCAGGACUUCUGUUUGGCAUCGAAGAAAGUGUUCUGGAAUUUGAAGUCGCUCUUCAACACGCUGUCGAUCGAGAAGGAGAGACUCAGACAGGUGUGGGCGGAGAAGGAGCGGGACCCCAGUGCAUCCGCCGUCCAGAUCGCAAACCUGAAGAACACCUUGUCGGAGGUCAUGUCUCAGAACGCUGAUCUCCGGAACCGAUUGCACGGAAUCCAGUGUCUCUCCAGCUUUGUGGAGACCACCCCAUCGACCCCCGUCAAAGUGGAGGAGCAUCUACAGGCAUCACGCAACACAUCCCUAAUCAACCAGUUGUCCUUGGACAGCAACAUCUCACUGUCCGAGUCCCACGUUGAGUACUUCGAUGCGGAGGAAGUCAUGCUGUCGGCCUGUUCUUCCUACAACGAGAUGUCAGAGGAUGACGACUCGACCACCAGUGAGAUCACCAACAGCAACUCUGAGGAGAACCUGGAUCAGGUGGAGACUGACAUCCGUGAACUAACAGUUGAUGAGGCUCCAAGCUACAGUCCGGUUGAUGGAAUUCCGAGAAGGAUAUCUCUCCCGGCUCCCGGGCCAAAUCUGGGCAACGUCAGCCUUUGGAAUAUCCUGAAGAACAACAUUGGGAAAGACCUGUCGAAGGUGUCCAUGCCGGUGCAGCUGAACGAGCCGCUGAACACUCUGCAGAGACUCUGCGAGGAGCUGGAGUUCACCGAGCUCCUCGACACUGCCAACAGGACCUUGGAUCCCUUCGAACGCAUGGUAUACGUCGCUGCCUUUGCGGUGUCCGCCUACGCCUCCGCUUUUUACAGAGCAAGAUCCAAGCCGUUCAAUCCCGUUCUUGGUGAAACGUACGAGUGCGCAAGGGAAGACAAGGGGUUCCGGUUUAUCGGCGAGCAGGUCAGCCAUCACCCGCCGGUGUCCGUCUGCCAUGCUGAAUCGGAAAACUUCCUCUUCUGGCAAGACGUGAGAUGGAAGAACAAGUUCUGGGGCAAGUCCCUCGAGAUUGUUCCAGUCGGGAUAGUGAACGUCAGCUUGCCAAAGUUUGGUGAUCACUAUCAGUGGAACAAAGUCACUUCCUGCAUCCACAACAUCCUGAGUGGCCAGCGGUGGAUCGAACACUACGGAGAGGUGGCCAUCACCAACACCACGAACAGUGGCUGUCACUGCCGGCUGACCUUCUGUAAGACCAAGUACUGGAGUUCAAACGUUAAUGAAGUCCACGGCUCGGUGUUGGAUGAGCAUGGGAGGGUUGUCCACCAGCUGUUCGGCAAAUGGCACGAGGGAAUGUACUGCGGUGGGCCACAGUCCGCAAAAUGCAUCUGGAAACCAAAGCCGAUACCUAAAGACCAUGAAAGUUAUUACGGUUUCACCUCAUUUGCUCGGGAACUGAACGAGUUGACGCCUGAUCUUAAAUGGGUCCUGCCCUUGACUGACACACGACUAAGGCCUGACCAAAAAUAUCUAGAGGAAGGGAACACGGAGGGGGCAGAGGUUCACAAGCAAAGGAUCGAGCAGCUACAGAGGGACAGGAGGAGAAUCAUGGAAGAAAACAACAUGGUCUACCAGUCUCGCUUUUUUACGAAAACCAUCGAUCCCAAUGGGAAAGAAUCAUGGAUGAGCAAUGGAACUUAUUGGGAGUUGAGGAAAGACCCUGGAUUCUCAAAAUUGGACAACCCGGUGCUGUGGUGAGGCCCCAGUUACACGUUGGGCCACGUGGAAAGUUUUUUUCCCCCCCUCCCCCUUCAAUCCCCCUGAAUCCCCCCCCCCC